CUGAGCCAUUUAAAGAAUUUGAAAGAGAGGAAGGUGAUGGCGGCGGCGGCGGCGUUUAGGUGGUUGCUCCAACUCCACAAGGACGUUCCCAAGGCGGCGAAGUUCUACUCACAAGGGCUCGACUUCUCCGUCAACAUCUGCACGCUUCGGUGGGCCGAGCUCCAGUCUGGUCCUCUUAAGCUUGCUCUCAUGCAAUCCCCCUGUGAUAAUGUGAUGCAGAAUGGCCACUCUUCAGUUUUAUCGUUCACAGUGAAUGACAUUAAUAGUACAGUAACAAAAUUAAUGGCAUUAGGAGCUGAACUAGAUGGUCCCAUCAAAUAUGAAAUCCAUGGCAAGGUUGCUGCCAUGCGUUGUAUCGACGGUCACAUGGUUGGCCUCUAUGAACCAGCAUAAAUAUUCUGGAGAACAAGUCCCUUCAUCGGAGUUGACCGAUUCACGGUUAAACUCAUUUAAAGACAUCGAGAAGCCGUGCGAAAUUUUCCCCUUCUUUGGAUUUCCUUCAAUUACUGUAAGAGUUUUUUCAUCCAAAUCAAUGACUGCUGUGCAGAGUGUAUAAAGAGUUGGACCUGAAAGUAAUAACGAUAACGAUAAGUUAGUUACCGUUGAAUAGAAGCUGCUCUACAUUUCCAUCCUUCAACUUUUACCUGUCAUGUAGAUGGGGUACUUUGAAUCUUCUAUAUCUCCUAGGAGAGACAAGAAAUUGGUUUUUGAUCCUUGUGGUAGAACAGCUGCUCUUUCUGUCUGCUUAUUGAGUUUUCAUCAUGCACCUUUAUUGCAAAACAUUGGUUUUAGUUUCAAAGUAAUGGUUAAUUUAUGGUA